AUGCGGUGCGGAGCCUGCGGCCGGGCGGUACUGGCACUGGUGACCCUGUCCCUCAGCUUUGCGGCCGAGGAUUUCCUCUGUGUUUGCGACGUCCCCCAUUGCGGCCAGCCCACCUGCACGGGCAAGGUGUGCUUUGUCAGCAAGAGGAAGGAGGAGGACGGGACCAUCAUCCAGCACCGGGGCUGCUUCUCUCAGAACAUCCUGGAGAACUGCCACACACCCGUGACGGAGCAGUACGGCAUGACGUGCUGCCAGUCCAGCAUGUGCAACACCGAGCUGGAGAUCUUCCUGCAAGGAGAAAAGGCCCUGGGAAAGGCGCUUUCCCUGCCCAACCUCCUCUUGAUGAUCUUCGUCCCACUGCUCGCCCUCCUCGUCCUUGCGGCGCUCACGGCUCUCUUCUGCUGGAAGGUGGCCCAGCACCGCCACAAGAAAAGUGACUUUGGAGACAUGGACCUCAUGCUGAAGGCAUCCAUAGUGGGAGACAGCACUCUGGAGGACCUGCUGAAUGAUGACUGCACCACGGGGAGCGGCUCGGGGCUGCCCUUCCUCGUCCAGCGAACGGUGGCUCGGCAAAUCACCCUUGUGGAGUGCGUGGGCAAAGGACGCUAUGGUGAGGUGUGGCGCGGCAUGUGGCAUGGGGAGAGCGUGGCCGUGAAGAUCUUCUCUUCCCGGGAUGAGCAGUCAUGGCUCCGCGAGACAGAGAUCUACAACACCGUCCUCCUCCGGCAUGACAACAUCCUGGGCUUCAUUGCCUCCGACAUGACAUCAAGGAACUCCAGCACCCAGCUCUGGCUCAUCACCCACUACCAUGAGAACGGCUCACUCUAUGAAUACCUGCAGAGGAUGGCCCUGGAUGUGGAGACCUGCCUGGGCUUGGCCUCCUCCAUCAUCUGUGGCCUUGUCCACCUCCACGUGGAGAUCUUCGGUACUCAGGGCAAGCCCGCUAUUGCCCACCGCGACCUGAAGAGCAGGAACAUCUUGGUGAAAAGCAACCGGCAGUGCUGCAUCGCAGACCUGGGACUGGCCGUCAUGCACUCUCAGGGCAGCGACUACCUGGACAUUGGCAACAACCCCCGGGUGGGCACCAAGCGCUACAUGGCCCCAGAGGUGCUGAGCGAGCAGAUUCGCACUGACUGUUUUGAGUCCUACAAGAAGACAGACAUCUGGGCGUACGGGCUGGUGCUCUGGGAGAUCACCCGGCGCACGGUGGUGAACGGCAUCGUGGAGGAGUACCGGCCGCCUUUCUUCGAUGCCGUCCCCAGCGACCCCAGCUUCGAGGACAUGAAGAAGGUGGUGUGCGUGGACCAGCAGACCCCUGUGGUCCCCAACCGACUCUUCUCCGACUCAGUUUUGUCAACACUGGCAAGGGUGAUGAAGGAGUGCUGGUACCAGAGCCCCUCAGCACGUCUCACCGCCCUGCGCAUCAAAAAGACACUGAAGAAGCUGAACAGUUCCCUGGAAAAGCCCAAGCUGGAGCAGUGA